AUGCAGUUCGUCCGCUUUCGCGAAACCGUCUCCCAGCCCGUCAUCGCAGCCUUCUGUGCCGGAGGUGUAGCCGGCGCUGUGUCACGAACCGUCGUGUCGCCCCUCGAGCGCCUCAAAAUUCUUUUCCAAGUCCAGAGCGUCGGAAGAGAUGCCUACAAGCUGUCCGUAGGCCAGGGUCUAGCAAAGAUGUGGAGAGAGGAAGGCUGGAGAGGGUUCAUGAGAGGCAAUGGAACCAACUGUGUUCGCAUUGUGCCCUACUCAGCCGUUCAAUUCGGAAGCUACAACUUUUACAAGAGGAGCAUAUUUGAGAACACCCCUGGUGCAGACCUCUCUCCGCUUGCCCGUCUGACCUGCGGUGGCAUUGCAGGCAUCACCUCUGUCUUCUUCACAUACCCCCUUGACAUUGUUCGCACCCGACUUUCCAUUCAGUCUGCGUCCUUUGCCGAGCUGGGCCCCAAGUCUGAGCAGCUCCCUGGCAUGUGGGCCACCAUGACCAAGAUGUACCAGACGGAAGGCGGCGUCUCUGCCCUGUACAGAGGCAUUGUUCCCACUGUUGCUGGUGUCGCUCCCUACGUCGGCCUUAACUUCAUGGUCUAUGAAUGGGUUCGUAAAUACCUAACCCCUGAGGGCGACAAGAACCCCAGCGCUGUCCGGAAGCUGCUGGCUGGUGCCAUCUCUGGCGCUGUUGCUCAGACCUGCACCUACCCCUUCGACGUCCUGCGUCGAAGGUUUCAGAUCAACACUAUGACGGGCAUGGGCUACCAAUACAAGUCCAUUUCUGAUGCCGUCAAGGUCAUUGUUGCCCAAGAGGGCAUUAAGGGCAUGUACAAGGGCAUCGUCCCUAAUUUGCUCAAGGUCGCGCCCAGCAUGGCUUCCAGCUGGCUCAGCUUCGAGCUGUCUCGCGACUUCUUGGUCUCUCUUAAGCCCGAGGCCGACUCGGAGGCGACCCUCUGA